AUGUUAAAAAUUGAUGACGUCACGCGUUACCAUGACAGUAGCAAGCUACAAUCCCGGGACAGCUAUAAAGACGGCUCCCGGCUGCUGGUGGCUCAGACCUGAUCUGACAGUGUGAGAGCAGAGCUCGGGGAGAGGAGUGAGCCCCGCCGCCUCAUGCACCGCCUGCUACCGCCCUGGGACCUGCCAGGAUGUGCGGCUAUUAGACCCAUGGACGCGGCUAACUUCUACUACGACGAGAGCCUGGGGGCCAAAGCGCAGCGCCGGGGGCCCCUGCCGGAGCACGAGCGAGCCAUAGACUUUAGCCCGUACCUGGAGGCUGAGUGCGGGGAGCUCCUGUGCGAGCUGGGGGCUUCCCACUACCGGUACCCGGGGGAACCCAAAGCGGACCCGGUGCUGCACCCGCUGGACACGUACCGGGACCUCCCAGGCAAGGACGAGUCCCCGGCUAUGCGCUCCUAUCUCUCCUUCCACGCCGUGCCUUCCGGUAGCAGCGGAAACCUCAGCAGCGCGUCCUCCUCCAGCCCCCCGGGCACCCCGAGCCCCGCGUCCCGGGGACAAGCCACCGCGUCCGGCUCUAAGCACAAGAAGUCCCUGGACAAGCACAGCGACGAGUACAAGCAGCGCCGGGAGCGCAACAACAUCGCCGUGCGGAAGAGCCGGGACAAGGCAAAGAUCCGGAACAUGGAGACUCAGCACAAAGUCCUGGAGCUGACGGCGGAGAACGAGCGGCUGCAGAAGCGGGUGGAGCAGCUGACCCGGGAGCUCGGGACCCUGCGCAACCUCUUCAAGCAGCUGCCGCCCGAGGCCACGGGGAGGUGCUAGAGAGACUGGGCCCCCCCGGGGUCACUCAGGAGCAUACGAGGGGCAAUGAUGGACAGCUGACUGCGCCCCGUCCCGACCACAGAGGGUCACCCCCGCGGGCUGCACCGGGACGUCAUGGACUAAAGGGCCCGGGGCCCCUAAAGGAUCUUUCCAUGUGGAAUACACUGAGGAGGAUGUUUGCACUCUGCACCUACUGAACACUUAUUAUUAUUGUUGUUGGGUUUGUAGUCGGUGACGCAAUAGUGAGGAGGAUGACGCAACCUGCUGCAACCCAGACUUUUCUACAGACAUUUCCUACCAGAGACUUUAUAGAUUUGGGAAUAUAAAUAUAUAUAUAUUUUGCUCAUACAAUGUUGGAAUAAAAAGGUUUUUUUGUUUCUAUCUGAGCCGCA